CAAACUUUAAAAAAAGUAUUUAUUUGGGAUUGUUUACUCAUAUGGAAAGCUCACUUUACACUGAGGGGGGCAAUAUUAUCAACAGAAUAAUGUAGACUGAUCAUUUGUUGAUAUGGAAGACGUCGGUGCAACUUUCUCUCUCUCUCUCUCUCUCUCUCUCUCUCCCAAACGCCCACGCGCACACGUGCGCGCGCGCGUACAAACACCAUUCCCUCCACCUCCCCCGGAGGGUUCCCUGGGUGGAAGACAUCAUCAGCCGCUCCAGGAGGUUGCAGAAGCCGGCCGCGUCAUCCUGUGGAAUGGGCGGCGCACGGACGGAGGGUGUUUUCCAGCUUUAAAAGCACCGGAGCCGGCUCCUCUGACAAACCGAGCUGCGUCAUCCAACUGUGGAGACUUCUCAGAGAACCUUCACCGCUCAGAAGCGGUCCAAAACUCACCUCAACCCGGUCCAAACGCUGCCGCUCUUCCUCCCCCCUCUCCUCCUUCCCCUCUCCGACACGGUUUACUCCUCUCGCUCGUGCUCAGAAGAAAAGUUCACUCUUCUGUUUUAAAGAUUCCGAAGCGAAUUAUGCCUUACGGCGUGUGAAGUAAAGCAGUGUUGCCGCUCUUGAAUAGUACCGUCGGCGAAGACGUUGGUGCACGUUGAGCGCAGCCGGACGAAAGUUGCGCAUCGCUUGUUGAAUGCAGGAUACCUCCAGCCUGAGCGUCAAAGCCAAGUUCAACUUCGGAGCAGCAGCGCUAGCAGCAGCAGCAGCAGCCGGUCAGGAGCGGGGACUCCAGCGUCUCAAAUCUACCGCCGCCGCCGAUAUGAAGUCUGCAGAGGAAGAUGCAUACAACUACACACCAAACGUCAGUCUUCCAAUUGGCAUGGGCAACCCAUGCCUGUCUACGCAGUACCACACCUUGCAGUCCAGUCCUGUCAUCCCGGUCUCCUCUUGCCACCAGACUGGCUACAGUGUCCAAAAUGACAACCAUGCCGUGUCAAGUUACUACCUGCCUCAAGCCUUGAGACCCAACGGCGCUCCGGCUCUGGAAAGCCCUCGUAUAGAGAUCACCGCCUAUAGCCAAUACCCGGAGGAUGAAGUAGAAGCCAGCGGCAGAGAAGAUCACAUCAUCAAACGAGGCGUCAACUCUAUCGUCACACUGACGCUGCCGAAUGUGGAUGGGUACCGUGACCCCAGCUGUCUAAGCCCCGCGAGCAGCAUAUCCUCUCGCAGCUGUAACUCAGAGGCCUCGUCCUACGAAUCUGGCUUUUACAACUACGACAAUUCCCCGCAGAACUCUCCCUGGCAGUCACCCAGCGUUUCGCCCAGAGGGUCAUCCUCACUUCUGUCUUGUCCACAUGCCAUCGGUCCCGCAGCCUCUCCUCACCAUUCGCCCUCCAACUCCCCUCAAAUAGGCGCGAUGGCAGAGGAGGGAUGGCCAGCGCAGCCACGUGGGUCCCGGCCAAAUUCCCCCUCCUGCAGUGGAGUUGGCGGAGGCAACAGCGGUGGCAUGGGCAAGAGAAAAUACAGUUUCAGCGGCUCCUCUUACCAGCAGACAUCGUGCUCACCCAACCAAUCACCCACCCCUUCUUCACAUGGUUCCCCGAGGGUCAGCGUCACAGAUGAGAACUGGCUUACCAACACCAACCAGUACACCAACCUUGCCAUUGUUGCAGCUAUUAAUGCUCUCACCACAGACGGAAUGGCUGACAUGGCGGAAGGAAUCCCAAUCAAGACACGGAAGACCAUGCUGGACCUCUCACCAUCCAUGAGUCUGAAGGUGGAACCCGGAGGUGAGGACCUGGGUCCAGAAGGGGAGCUUCGACAUGAGGAGUACCCUUCCCGCCUUAGCCUCAAGAAGGAGAAUUACUGUGGAGGGUUUCUGGAUGUACCACAGCAUCCAUACUCAUGGUCUAAACCCAAGCCUUACCUCAGCCCCUCACUGCCGGCUCUUGACUGGCAGCUGCCGUCCUGCUCCGGUCCGUACAACCUGCAGAUUGAGGUGCAGCCAAAGUCCCACCACAGGGCCCAUUAUGAGACGGAGGGAAGCCGAGGAGCCGUGAAGGCGCUGUCUGGGGGACACCCUGUGGUUCAG